AGGUUUAAUAUCCAGAGCUUCAAAAUCUCAGACAGAAACUGCGAAAAAGAGAAACAGAGAACAAAAAAGCGUGUUUGUUUCCUCUUCGGGUUUGCGGACCGAUUUGCACCGACAACUGAGUCAUUUGGAUUGCGGAACCGUUUGGUUGGAGCAUUUUCUUUCACUUCGCUUUCUUCUAACGCGUUUAUAAUUUGCUCAAGCAACUUCAAAACUAGCCAACAAGCUUUUUAUCUUUGGUGGUUUGCAAUUCAAAGGAGUUGGUGAAGAUGAUGCCUCACUAUAGAUGCAUGGAGUCGUACCCUUUCCAAAGAAACCAAACCCCUUUCACUCCAUAUCAGGCCUUCCCAACUCCUAUGCCAGUGGAUCCAGCCAAGCCUGGUACCAUAUAUGAGCCUUGGCCUCACGGUGGCAACUAUGGCUAUACAAUGCCUUGUCAUUCCUGCUGCAACCAUGGUAACUUCUCUGGCUAUUAUGGUUCCAGACCUUAUGUUCCGGCUCCGAUGCCAUCACCGAUGCACUUCUGUGGAGGCUACCCAACACCAUACGGUGAAGCCUAUCCUGCUUAUUAUGCUCCCCCACCGCAUUAUUCCGUAGACCUGCCUAGAUACGAAUAUGAAAAGAACGUGCCCGGGAGCAACCACUGCUGUGGCUGCCCUCAUCAUUUCUACAACCCCAAGGAAGAAAAAAGUGUGAAGAUUGAGGAACAAGAACCAGACGUUGUGGAAAAGAAAGAGGGUGACUCUGUGGUCCCAAUUCAGAUGAAAAACCAGCCACACCCUAUUGUCUGGAUUCCUCAAGAGUAUUUGCAUAAUAAAGGGCAGAGGAAGUCCAUUGAGCCAGAAGUAAGAGAGCAGGAAAAGGUUCCACCUAAAACAAAGCAACCUGAGAGUGAGAGUUUAAAAUCUAGUGAACAGGAACGAGGAAUCAGGAAUGGAUGGUUACCUCUUGAAAUAAACAACCUUAGGUCUUUAAUGCAUGGUGAAGAUGGGAAGAGAAUGCAUGAUCAGCAGGGUAAGGGGCAAAAGAAGGAGCUGCCGUUUCCUGUUAUCUGGAUGCCUUAUGAUAACAAACAGGAUGAAGUUGGAAAGAAUGAUGACAAACAGGAUGACAGCAGGGAUAGGAAUGGCGCUAAGGAUCAGCAAAGCGAUGAAAUAAAGAAACAAUUUCCAUUUCCUAUUAUUUGGAUGCCUCCUUUGGAAAAUAAGCAUGAAGAUGCUGGGAAGAAGGGUAGUAACGAUGUAAACUGCAAUAUAAAAUAUGAAGAAAAUCCACCAUCCACAUUCAAUGUUGUUCCAGAGAAGCAUCCUGGUGAUGGCAGCAGCACCCACAUGUCUGGAGUAAACGAAGAGAACCUCGCUGCCCAGAGUGGAGUAGAGAAGAAGAAAAUUGCUAAUCAUAAAAUUAUUCCUGUGAAACAAAUUGAUGAACAUGAGGUGGACAAGUCUGAAGAAACUAAGGAAAGAGGAAGAAGUGUUCCAGUGAAUAAGUCUUCAGAAAGCAAUGACAGAAGAUCCUCAUCCCCACCCAAAACGCCUAAGCUGCCACCUGUUUGUCUUAGAGUUGAUCCUUUGCCAAGGAAGAAAAAGGGGAGUUCGCGGUCUCCGAGUCCUGAUUCAAAAAGCCAUUCAGAAAAGGAUACAAAUGACACUGUAGGUGCCUCUGCUUGCCUAGAUGAAAAAGCACAACAGGUUUCCAGCUGCAGUAAUGAGGUAGAACCAAAUGAAAAGGAGAAAAAGGUAAUUGAAGGUACAGAAAGGGAAAUCAGUGGAAACGAUGAUGGAGAUCAAAUGGAUGUAUCCCAGGUUCCUAUCAACCUGCCAAUGCAGCCCAUGGCUGACGUCUGCACUAAGCUAGUUCUUGAUAAAACUGGGGAAGAGGGAACUGAGUGUCCGAUUAAAGAGGAUCAAGAAGCAAGCAAGGUGAGCAAUGCAGCAGCUGAGGAAGCAAAAGAGUUAAGAAAAGCUACAGACGCAGCAAAAUCACUUCAUGAGGAAGGGAAGCUUGAAAAGAAGACCUUAUCAGAUGUGGAGGCAGCUGUUGCUAUUCAGUCAGCAUACCGUGGGUUUGAUGUGAGAAGAUGGGAGCCAUUGAAGAAACUGAAACAAAUAGCUGAAAUUCGUGAACAAUUGGUUGAUGUUCGAAACCACAUUCAAGCUUUGGAGUCAUCUUACAACAUCCAAAUUGAUAAUAAGCAGAAAGUGGUAAUUGGAGAGACCAUAAUGAGACUUCUGCUGAAAUUGGAUGCCAUUCAGGGUUUGCCUCCAGGUCUAAGAGACAUCAGAAAAUCCUUGGCAAGAGAGCUUGUAACUCUUCAGGAGAAGCUCGACUCUCUUGUGAUUAAAAAUUUCCAAGAACCUGAAACAAAGGUUUCUACCUCUAAACUUGCGGAAAACAUUGAUGCAGAAGUCCAAAACAGAGAAUCCAUGCAAAAGCAGGAAAAACAGGAAGCAAUAGAACAUGAUGAGAAGGAAAGUUCACUUCAGGAUGUGUAUGUAAGCAGUCAUGAUUCAACAAAACCAUGCGAAGCUCAGCUGCCUCACGUGACUGAUUCAGAGCCUAGUUUGAAAAUUGAGGAAGCUUCAGAUUCUCUCUCUGAGAAUAAUGUCCAACCCACGAAUGUGGAAGAUGAUCUUCAAACUCUACCGAUGGCAGUUGAUGAAACCAAGCAUGGAGAAGGCAAUGUAGAAAUCUUAAUGGAACCUAGAGAUGAGGUAGUCAAUGGAGAGCUUGAAGCUAGUUCAAUGAUGGUAACAAAGACAGAUAAGCCAGAGGAUGCUUCUGACCCCAACCAAUUUGUCCAAGUUCCAUUAGCAGUAGAAGUAACAACUGAUUCUGAGAUUCAACGAACUAGCUUGGAGGCUUCCCAUGUGACAUGCACGCAGACAAAAGAUCUUGAAGAACUGCCUCAUGGAAUGAUUGAUGACAAGCCUGUUACAACAGAGUUUGAAGUAGACAAACAAAUUGAAAUGGACAAGAAUGAAGUUCCACAGGCUUCAAAAGUUGAACGUGUAUUGGAAGGAACUUCCCCAACAGAUACUGAUGGUGCAAUGGCUCCUAGUAAAGAUGCAGAUAUGUCGAUUGAACAAGUACCCGUGGGAUUAAUUGAUGGAGACGCUGCAUUGUCUGAGCUUGGGAAGUGCGGAGAAGCUGAAAUGGAGAAGAAUGACGAUGUACUAGUCAAAAAUGAAUGUGAAGGCACUAUUGAUUUAAAUCCAUCAGAGCUGCCGACUGAAAAGGAAAGUAAGCAGCCAAAUGAAGCAGCUGAGCACCCUAGCGUUGUUGAACCAGAGGAAUGUGUAAAGGUUGUAUGUGAGGAUGAUAAGGAACUCCCUGGCUGUUUAGCGCCUGAAGGAGAAACAGAGCAUCAGGAAAUAAAUGAAAUCGUUAACCAUGUCCGAGAACCAGCAGAAUCUCAGCUAAUGGUCUCAUUUGAGAAGGGAAAUCCAGAAGAUACUGCAAGAGGUAAAGAAGAGCCAAUUGAGAAUAACGAACAAGAUAACGAUCUGCCGUCAAUAACAACCAUGGAGGAGGAGGGAAAAGAGACACAAGAGAGAAAAGAUGUAGUUGAAGGCGGUGAAUUGGAAUAUAUGGAAAAUGAGAAGAUUCAAGACCAGGAAGCUGGAUUUGAAACGACCAAGGAUGUAGUGCAUGUUGAACAUGUCGAACAGAAAGGAGAGUCAUUGCCUGCGUCACCAACUGACGGCCCACUGUCCGUUGAUGGAACUGGGAAAGAGUCCGAAACCAAUAAAAAACUUAAAGAAGAGAAUGCGAAAUUAAAGGAAAUGAUGGAGAAGUUAUUGGAAGCAGGGAAGGAACAAUUAGAUUGUAUAUCCAACCUCACUGGACGAGUGAAAGACCUGGAGAAAAAACUGGCAACUACUAGGAAGAAGAAACCAAGGACAAGGCUCGUCAAACGGUCAAAUGUUCCACCCAUCAAGGGGAGGGUCGUUGGUGUUGCAGUUUAAUCAGUUUUUUUUUUUUUCUGUCUCUUUGGUUUUUUAAUGGAUAACAGUGUGUAUGAGCUUGAAUUUUGUUGCAUCUUAAUAUGGGUUAUGUUUUUCUAUAUAUAUAUAUAAAUAAUAGAGAGCUAAAAUAUUUUAAGCGUAA